GAGGGACCUGGGAAAUCUGUCUAGCGUGAGCUGUGGGUCAAGGGGCGGAGCAGCCUGCUUGUUUGGGAUUUGUAUUCCCAGAGAGGAAGUGAAAGUGAAAUGGUUGGGAGCUUUCCCAGAAGCAGACUGCAUCCUGCCCUUCCCAGAAGGAGGGCUGUUAACCCAGAGGGUUGCUUCCCAGGUAAGUCCCUGGCUCUUUGUGCCUUUCUCCUCCCCAACCUCUCUGGGUAAGAUUGGAUUGGGGACCAUUAUAUAAAUGCUGUUUGGAGCUGGUAUGAGAGGAAACUGUUACUGGGUGACAACAGCAGUGUCCAAGUGCAAAGGCCCACGGCUCUAGGCCUGCCCUCUGAAGUCCCAGAGGCUCAGAUGGACUGUCGGAGGGAAGGAGCCUGAGAAGAUGGGCUGGCUGAACUCCACUCUCCGUUUCCAGAGGAAGCUACAAACACCAGGCUUGCUUGCUUCUGACACAGUCAUCAUGACCCUGAGACACUGUUGGACAACAGACCCUAGUUCUUGGUGGGUCCUGCUUCUCUAUGUCCAUGUCGUCAUUCUGGCCAGAGGCACGUGUGCACCUCACACAAAGGACCCGUGCUCUUCCUGGUCUCCAGCAGGCCCACCUCAGCAGUACCCAGCACUGCACGUGAUCUGGCCAGAGGAAGAAGUGCCACUAAAUGGAACGCUGACCUUGUCCUGUGCUGCCUGCAGCCGCUUCCCCUACUUGAGCAUCCUCUACUGGCUGGGCAACGGUUCUUUCAUUGAGCACCUCCCAGGCCGGCUGAGGGAGGGUCACACAAGUCGGGAACACAGGAACACCAGCACUUGGUUACAGAGAGCCUUGGUGCUAGAGGAACUGAGCCCCACCCUACGAAGCACCAACUUCUCCUGCCUGUUUGUGGACCCUGGACAGGUGGCCCAGAAUCACAUUGUUCUGGCCCAGCUCUGGGAUGGGUUGAAAACAGUCCUGACCCCUUCUCAAGAAAUCCUGUCCAGCCACAGCCCAGGACCCACAUCAGCAGGGCCUGGGGUCAGCAUGCAGCCAGCCGCAGCAUGGCCUUGACUGGAGCCUGGCUCUCAUCGACCUGGAGGGUGAAGGCUCACCGUAGGCUCUGCUCCAUUUCUACCUAGAAUAUCAUAGUAAUUAAAUUAGAAUUCCCCCUGCUUG